AUGGCCGAGGACAUGCGGGACCGCAACGACCCGGAGCUGAAGUAUCUGUCGGUCGAGCGGAACUCGUUCAAUGAUCCGGCUACACAGGCCGAGUGGACACAGAAGCGGCUCGUGUGGGUGCCGCACGAAACACAGGGAUUCGUUGCCGCCAGCAUCAAGGGCGAGCGUGGCGAUGAGGUCGAAGUCGAGCUGGCCGAAACCGGCAAGCGCGUUCUGGUACUUAAAGACGACAUUCAGAAAAUGAACCCGCCCAAGUUCGACAAAGUCGAAGACAUGGCCGAGCUGACCUGCUUGAACGAGGCGUCGGUUCUGCACAACAUCAAGGACCGAUACUACUCCGGCUUGAUAUAUACAUACUCCGGACUGUUCUGCGUGGUGGUGAACCCGUACAAGAAGCUGCCCAUCUACACCGAGAAGAUUAUGGAGAAAUAUAAAGGCAUCAAACGGCACGAGGUGCCCCCACACGUGUUCGCCAUCACAGACACUGCGUAUAGAUCGAUGCUGCAGGAUCGAGAGGAUCAGUCCAUCCUGUGCACGGGCGAGUCUGGUGCUGGCAAAACGGAAAACACAAAAAAAGUUAUCCAGUAUUUAGCCUACGUUGCGGCGUCGAAACCAAAAGGAUCCGUAGCGAUGCCAACGCCGGCGCUAAUUAUUGGUGGUCAUCAUGCGAGUUUAUCGGGCGAACUGGAGCAGCAGCUUCUUCAAGCGAAUCCCAUACUGGAAGCGUUCGGUAACGCCAAGACGGUGAAAAAUGAUAACUCGUCUCGCUUCGGUAAAUUCAUUCGGAUAAACUUUGACGCCUCGGGCUACAUCUCCGGGGCGAACAUCGAGACGUAUCUGCUGGAGAAGUCACGUGCCAUUCGCCAAGCAAAGGACGAGCGUACAUUCCACAUCUUCUACCAGCUGCUGGCCGGGGCAUCGCCCGAGCAGCGUGAGCGCUUCAUCCUGGACGACGUGCGGACGUACCCGUUCCUGUCGAACGGCGGGCUCCCGGUGCCCGGUGUGGACGAUUACGCCGAGUUUCAGGCGACGGUCAAGAGCAUGAACAUUAUGGGCAUGACGGCCGAGGACUUUAACUCGAUCUUCCGCAUCGUCAGCGCUGUGCUGCUGUUUGGCUCGAUGAAGUUCAAGCAAGAGCGCAGUUCGGACCAGGCAACGCUGCCGGACAAUACGGUGGCGCAGAAGAUUGCCCACCUGCUCGGGCUGAGCGUAACGGACAUGACGAAGGCGUUCCUGACGCCGCGCAUCAAGGUCGGGCGCGACUUUGUGACCAAGGCCCAGACGAAGGAGCAGGUUGAGUUUGCGGUCGAAGCGAUUGCGAAGGCGUGCUACGAGAAGAUGUUCAAGUGGCUGGUCAACCGGAUAAACCGCUCACUCGAUCGCACCAAGCGGCAGGGUGCCUCGUUCAUCGGUAUCCUUGAUAUGGCCGGUUUUGAGAUCUUCGAGCUGAACUCAUUCGAGCAGCUGUGCAUCAACUACACCAACGAAAAGCUGCAGCAGCUGUUCAACCACACCAUGUUCAUCCUGGAGCAGGAGGAGUACCAGCGCGAGGGUAUCGAGUGGAAGUUCAUCGACUUUGGGCUCGAUCUGCAGCCAACGAUCGACCUGAUCGACAAACCCGGGGGCAUUAUGGCGCUGCUGGACGAGGAGUGCUGGUUCCCGAAGGCGACCGACAAGUCGUUCGUGGAGAAACUGGCCGCGGCCCACUCGAUGCACCCGAAAUUCAUGAAGACGGACUUCCGCGGCGUGGCCGAUUUUGCGGUCGUGCACUACGCUGGCAAGGUUGAUUACUCGGCGACCAAAUGGCUGAUGAAGAACAUGGACCCGUUGAACGAGAACGUGGUCUCGCUGUUGCAGGCCUCGCAGGACCCGUUCGUGGUACAGAUCUGGAAGGACGCCGAGAUCGUCGGCAUGGCGCAGCAGGCUCUAACCGACACGCAAUUCGGUGCACGCACCCGUAAGGGCAUGUUCCGCACGGUGUCGCACCUGUAUAAGGAGCAGCUGGCCAAACUGAUGGACACGCUGCGUAACACGAACCCGAACUUUGUGCGCUGCAUCAUCCCGAACCACGAGAAGCGGGCAGGCAAGAUCGACGCACCGCUGGUGCUGGACCAGCUACGGUGCAACGGUGUGCUGGAGGGCAUCCGUAUCUGCCGCCAGGGCUUCCCGAAUCGCAUCCCUUUCCAGGAGUUCCGCCAGCGGUACGAGCUGCUCACCCCGAACGUAAUCCCGAAGGGCUUCAUGGACGGCAAGCGGGCGUGCGAACAGAUGAUCAAAGCGCUCGAGCUGGACGGCAACCUGUACCGGAUCGGGCAGUCGAAGAUUUUCUUCCGGGCGGGCGUCUUGGCGCAUCUGGAGGAGGAGCGCGACUACAAGAUCACCGAUCUGGUGGUCAACUUCCAGGCGUACUGCCGCGGUUUCCUGGCACGCCGGAACUACCAAAAGCGCCUGCAGCAGCUGAACGCGAUCCGUAUCAUCCAGCGGAACUGUGCCGCCUACCUGAAGCUGCGCAACUGGCAGUGGUGGCGGCUGUACACGAAGGUGAAACCCCUGCUUGAGGUCACUAAACAGGAGGAGAAGCUGGUGCAGAAGGAAGACGAACUGCGGCAGAUCCGCGAUCGCUUGGACAACCUCUCAAAGAGCUCGCAGGAGUACGAGAAAAAGUACCAGCAGGCGGUCGAGGAGAAGACGCACCUGGCCGAGCAACUGCAGGCUGAGAUCGAGCUGUGCGCCGAAGCGGAAGAGGGCCGUGCGCGGCUGGUCGCUCGCAAGCAGGAACUGGAGGAACUGAUGCAGGACCUCGAGUCGCGCAUCGAGGAAGAGGAGGAACGUGUCAAUGCGAUGACUAACGAGAAGAAGAAGCUCCAGAUCAACAUCCAGGAUCUGGAGGAGCAGCUCGAAGAGGAGGAAGCCGCCCGCCAGAAGCUUCAACUAGAAAAGGUGCAGCUCGACGCGAAGCUGAAAAAGAUGGAGGAGGACACGGCCCUGAUCGAGGACCAGAACCAGAAGCUGGUGAAGGAGAAGAAGCUGCUGGAGGAACGCGCCAACGACCUCUCGCAGACGCUGGCCGAGGAGGAGGAGAAAGCGAAGCAUCUGGCUAAACUGAAGGUGAAGCACGAGUCAACGAUCGCAGAGCUCGAAGAGCGCCUGCUGAAGGACCACCAGCAGCGCCAGGAGUCGGACCGGUCGAAGCGCAAGAUCGAAACGGAGGUGGCCGACCUGAAAGAGCAGAUCAACGAGCGGCGCACACAGAUCGAGGAAAUGCAGCAGCAACUGGUGAAGCGCGAGGAAGAGCUGGCCCAAGCGCUGGUGCGCAUCGAUGAGGAGUCGGCCUCGAAGGCGGUGGCCCAGAAGACGCAGCGCGAGCUCGAGUCACAGCUGGCCGAAAUCCAGGAGGAUCUGGAGGCAGAAAAGAUCGCCCGCUCGAAGGCCGAAAAGCAGAAGCGCGACCUGAACGAGGAGCUGGAGGCGCUCAAGAACGAGUUGCUCGAUUCGCUCGACACCACCGCUGCUCAACAAGAACUGCGCUCGAAACGCGAACAGGAAGUGGCCACGCUGAAGAAAACGCUCGAGGAUGACUCGUCCAAUCACGAGGCGCAGAUGAUGGACAUGCGCCAUAAGCACGCGCAGGAGAUUUCGUCCAUCAACGAGCAACUGGAGAACCUGAAGAAGGUGAAGGGGGGUCUCGAGAAGAGCAAGCAAACGUUGGAGGCCGAAAACGCCGACCUCACCUCCGAGCUGCGCAACGUCAACCAGUCGCGUCAAGAGAAUGAUCGCCGCCGGAAGCAGGCGGAAACCCAGAUUGCAGAGCUCCAGGUUAAACUGGCCGAGGUGGAGCGAGUGCGCGUGGAGCUGCAGGACAAGGUAACAAAGUUACAACAGGAAACGGAAAACAUCACUCAGCAGUUGGACGAUGCCGAACUGAAGGCUUCGGCGGCCAUCAAGAGUGCCGGCAAUCUUGAAAGCCAACUGACCGAAUCGCAGCAGCUACUGGAGGAGGAAACGCGCCAGAAGCUGGCCCUCAGUUCAAAACUGCGCCAGGUCGAGUCCGAGAAGGAGGCGCUCAUGGAGCAGCUGGAGGAGGACGAGGAGGCCAAGAAGAGUUACGAGAAGAAGCUGACCGAGCUGAACGUAACGAUUCAGGACAUGAAGAAACGUUCCGAGGAAGAAUCAGACAUUGCUAAAGAGCUGGAAGAGUCCAAGAAAAAGAUGAACAAGGACAUCGAGACGCUGCAGCGCCAGAUCCAGGAGCUUCAGGCCGCCAACGAUCGUCUAGAUAAGAGCAAGAAGAAGAUCCAGUCGGAGCUGGAGGACGCGACCAUCGAGCUGGAAACCCAGCGCACCAAGGUGUUGGAGUUGGAGAAGAAGCAGAAAAACUUCGACAAGGUGUUGGCCGAGGAGAAGGUCAUCAGCGAGCAGCACGCCCAAGAGCGGGAUGCGGCGGAGCGGGAGGCUCGCGAAAAGGAAACCAAGGUGCUUUCGCUGACCCGCGAACUGGACGAGGCGUUCGAGAAGAUCGACGAACUGGAACAGAAGCGUAAGGCGCUGCAGAACGAACUGGACGAACUGGCCAAUACACAGGGAACGGCCGACAAGAACGUGCACGAGCUGGAGAAGGCAAAGCGUUCACUCGAGAGUCAGCUGGCGGAGGUGAAGGCACAAAACGAGGAGCUGGAGGACGAUCUUCAGCUCACGGAGGACGCCAAGCUGCGGCUGGAGGUGAACAUGCAGGCGCUACGGGCACAGUUCGAGCGGGACAUCCAGGCGAAGGAGGAACAGUCGGAGGAAAAGCGGCGCGGCCUGGUGAAGGCGCUGCGCGAUCUGGAAGCUGAGCUGGACGAGGAGCGCAAACAGCGGGCGGCGGCCGUGGCCGCAAAGAAGAAGCUCGAGGGGGACCUGAAGGACAUGGAGGCCACUCUCGAAAUGAAUAACAAGGUGAAGGAGGACGCUCUGAAGCAGGCCAAGAAGCUGCAGGCACAAAUCAAGGACGCCAUCCGGGACGCGGAGGAAGCUAAGGCGGCUAAGGAGGAGUUAGCGGUUGUUAGCAAGGAAGCGGAGCGCAAGGUGAAGGCCCUCGAGGCGGAAUCAAUGCAGCUGUCGGAGGAUUUGUCCAGCUCAGAACGAUCGCGCCGUGCGGCUGAAGCCGAGCGCGACGAGCUGCUCGAGGAGAUCAACUCAAACUCGAGCAAGGGUUCGCUAAUGAUUGAUGAGAAGCGCCGACUCGAGGCCCGCAUUGCGGCUCUCGAGGAGGAGCUAGAGGAGGAACAAUCAAACUCGGAGCUGAUCGUCGACCGGAACCGCAAGGCACAGCUGACGAUCGAGCAGCUGACCACGGAGCUGGCGACCGAGAAGUCGAACGCGCAACUACACGAAACCGUCCGGUCGGGCCUGGACCGUCAAAACAAGGAGCUGAAGGCGAAGCUGUCCGAAAUCGAGACGGCCCUGCGCACCAAGGUGAAGGCGGCAGUCGCCACGUCCGAGGCGAAGAAUGCGAACCUCGAGAAGCAGCUCGAGACGGAAACGAAGGAACGGCUGAUGGUGCAGAAGAUGAACCGCAAGUUGGAGAAAAAGGUCAAGGAGCUGACAAUGAACAUCGAGGACGAACGGAGACACGCCGAUCAGUAUAAGGAGCAGAUCGAGAAGAUCAACAACCGGAUGAAGACUCUAAAGCGCAAUCUGGACGAAGCGGAAGUGGAGAUACAGAUGGAGAAGACGCAGAAACGCAAGGCCCAGCGGGAGUGCGAAGACAUGCUCGAAAGCCAUGAAGCGUUAUCGCGGGAAGUCAAUGCUCUCAAAUCGAAACUGAGACGAGGUGGUGGUACAAUGAGCCUAAGUUCGUCCCGCCUGACGCCAAAACGCGAGAGCGACUCGAUGUCGUCGGUGCAGGACGAAUCGCUCGAUGGCGAGGACAACAGCAACUGACGACGAACGCCGACGUCUUCCACUAAUGGCAAGCAGCAGAAGCAACAGAAUCAUUUCCAACAUCAACAACACCAGAACCAUCUUUCCGGCAACAACCAACAGAACCAGCACCACCACUACUGAUGGUGUAAUGAUGAUGAGGCGCAUGUCCGAUCGAGGAUCGAGUGGAGGAACACAGCAAUAUGCCGGUAGUAUGGCGCAAUCGGAGAGAGUGACGACGCCAGCCGAGGCGAGCGCGUUUUUGUGUUUUUUUUGUCUGUCGGGUAUGCGUAUGUGUGUACGACUGAUGAGGACGUACCCUCCUCGACCCUCGGCACUGUGAAUAGUAUGUUUUGGUAGGGCAAGCAGGAUUAAAAAAUAGUGUCUAUUGUCUAUUGCUCUCUUCUGCUACUAAUGUGUAUGUGUUUUUGUUUUGUUUUUCGUUUGUGUGCUUAGUUCAUGAUAACACCGGGUGUGUGCGGACAGUUGGUUGGUAGACGCAGCUCGCAGCAUGAUGAUCUGCGCGCGUCCAGGUGAUCAUUGUGUGCGUUGAUUUAAAGGGAUAAAGAAAGAUAGCGGACGGGGUUAGGUUCUCACACAUUCCGGUUAAAAUAGGCGCGUGCAUGGUAAGGACACGACAACGAAGCACACGCGCUGUUCAACCCUACUUAAGACUUUUAUCCUUCGCACAAGUGCGCCGCCCAACUCACGAGAACACCUCUUCUAUCGUCCGCAUCAAUCUUUAUUGAUGUCCGCGUGUUUUACAUGGAUAAAAAUUGAGGUUUUAAAACGUUCCGUGUUAGCCUUUUAGUCCUUCCGCACAGGGACUUAGUGAUUUUGUGGCGGCUAAUGUGGUUGCCGAGCUUGCGCUGUCUACUUUGAUUACUUCGAGAGUAUUUGUUGAUUUGUCUGAUGCUCGGUGGCGGCAAUCUCUAGCAACCAUCGAAUGAAAGGUUCAAGCGCGAAUGAUGUGAUUGAAUGUUGAUUGCUCUUUUCUAUUAUCAAUUCCUGGUCGGGGAAUCGGAUUUGAGCAUAUCUAAGUUGUAGUACCUUUACUAAAUGGGUUUUUAUUCGUUUGUACAGUAGCGAAGAGGAGGCCCGAAACGUGCGGAACACACGACACAGAAUGGUGAAUGUGUGAACGACAGAGCGAAUCCGUGUACCGUUAGCAAAGUGCCAUGUUUUAAUAACAAUCAAUUCUAGAUAGAUCGAACUAAAUCGAAAAGAGAGGCGAGCAGUUCGACGACAAGAAGAGAGAUAGAGAGAGAUAGUGUGGAGCAAAAUGAUGUGCCUAUUUUGUUUUUCUGUUUUUUUCUGUACUUCACUUUGAUUGUGUCUCAUGUUGCCGGAUGUUUCUGAUUCUGCGUUCACAAGCGAUGCUUUUCGUGUGUUGUUUCUUUAAACUGAUCGAUCGGGUUGCAGUAAGGGCGCUUUACCCGUUUGUCCGUUGACUCAACCGAGGACACACCACAAUGGACCGACCACCAGAUAUGUUAAGAUGUGUCUUUUUAGGCCACGCGGCGCUGUGUAACGAGAUCACAGGGAAAGAAGUAGAUCAUUAAUAUCAUCAUAAGAUCAUCGUUAUUGCGAUAUAUAGGAAAAAAGUGGGUAAAAGAUAGAGAGAGAGACAGAGUUUUAACUACGCAUAUGGAGAGGGAGAGAGAAACAGAGAGCGAGCGAGCGUAAGAUAGUGAGAAGAGCAGCGCAAACAAGACGCGCCAUUUCGGACAUUUUAAUUUUUGCUUUUGACUAUUAUUUAAUGAUUUUUUCUCUUCCUUUUUUCGUUCUCUAUUUAACUACGUAUUAUUACUAUUAGUUUUUACGCGAUUAUUGCUUUUACACACUACUGUGCAAAAACAGAGAGCGGGAGAGAGAGAGAGAGCGAGCACAAUCGAGCUCAAAAAUACGCCCCCAGGGUAGACAAACAAAUGAUAGAUUUUUCAUAAACACACGAACAACGCCGCGCAUCGGACCCAAACCGUGUUUUGCGCUCAAGACCCCCCAUUCGUUUGCAAGGUACUUGCUUGCCACCAGUUUGCCUAAGCUCUAUCAAAGUCAGGCCAAGCAAAAAGAAAAGGGCCAAACAAAAAACGAAUAUCAGCAAACGCCCCACAUCUCUCUCCCCUGUUACAUACAUUUAAUAAGCCUCAUGUACUUUUUUAUAGAAAAAGAUAAACUGCGAAUACAGCAGCAGCCACAAGUAAUUAAAAUUGAUAAUAAAAUAU